CCCAAAAAAUGCAACAACAACACUUUUCAUCUCUUUCCCAAUACUACAAAAAAACCCAAAACAACAGCUUUUGUUUCUUUUGUUUUGCCUUUUCAGCUCUUCUUCUAAACUGUUAAAAAGAUGUCUCUAGCUAUAGCAGAGGUUUACACGGUGAGGAAGUUUCACAAAGAGAGUAUGAAGAAACCGACUAAACCAGUGGGUGUUACCGUCGGCGAGGGAGACGAGAAGAUCGUAGGGGGAGGAAGUUUCAUGGAGGCGCUUGUGAAAUCUGGUGGGAGUAGACGAUUCGGACGGUUGUUUUUUGGAAAGCCCGGGAUGAAGAAAAGCUCUGCUAAAGUUUCGGAUCCCAUGACGAUUGAGUGAUGAUCAUAUAAAAAAUAUUAAGUUUUUCUAUAUUUUCCAUAUAUAUAUAUAUAUAUAUCUUUUUCUUUUUCUUUCAUGGGUCAUUUUUUCUGGCUUUUUCUAGUGUCUUCUCUUUUUCUUUAUUGAGUGAUUUUUAUUAAAUAGUACGACGUAAAACGUUGUACUUGUAGCGUCCAAUGUAAUGAACUUAUUAAAAUUAUGAGAAAUUAUAAAUACUACUAUAACUUCUGGAUAAAUGCAUU